ACUGCAGGAGAAAACCAGGUGGGAAGGAAGUUGGGGAGCUCCCGCGCAGGCGCUGUGAAGUCUGUCUGACCGACCUUCAAACCAGGCUGGGGCCGCCAUGUUCCCUCGGGCGGGUGCAGCUGGGCUCUCAGCUUGCGCGGUGCAGCCGCAAUGGAUCCAAGUUCGAAAUAUGGCGACUUUGAAAGAUAUUACCAGGCGACUAAAGUCCAUCAAAAACAUCCAGAAAAUUACCAAAUCUAUGAAAAUGGUGGCAGCAGCAAAAUAUGCCCGAGCUGAGAGGGAGCUGAAGCCGGCUCGCGUGUAUGGGACAGGGUCUUUGGCUCUCUAUGAAAAGGCUGAUAUUAAGGUGCCUGAAGACAAGAAGAAACACCUCCUCAUUGGUGUGUCCUCAGAUAGAGGGCUUUGUGGUGCAAUUCAUUCCUCCAUUGCUAAACAGAUGAAAAGUGAGGUGACCACGCUCACAGCAGCUGGGAAGGAGGUUAAGCUUGUUGGAAUUGGCGAUAAAAUCAGGGGUAUACUUCACAGAACUCAUUCUGACCAGUUUCUGGUGACAUUCAAAGAGGUGGGAAGAAAACCCCCUACUUUUGGAGAUGCAUCAGUCAUUGCCCUUGAAUUAUUAAAUUCUGGAUAUGAAUUUGAUGAAGGCUCUAUUAUCUUCAAUCAAUUCAGGUCUGUCAUCUCCUACAAGACAGCAGAAAAGCCCAUCUUUUCCCUUGAUACUGUUGCAGGUGCUGAGAGUUUGAGUAUCUACGAUGAUAUUGAUGCUGACGUGCUGCGGAAUUACCAGGAAUUCAGUCUGGCCAACGUUAUCUACUAUUCUCUAAAAGAGUCCACCACGAGUGAGCAGAGUGCCAGGAUGACGGCUAUGGACAAUGCCAGCAAGAAUGCUUCUGAGAUGAUCGACAAACUGACGUUGACGUUCAACCGCACACGCCAGGCUGUCAUCACAAAGGAGCUGAUAGAAAUAAUUUCCGGCGCUGCGGCUCUGUGAUUAAUGAAAAGC